AGUGAACCCCACGUGUAUUUGUUUCGAGAUUUGCCACCGCACACACACACACUCUCUUCAUUCAUUCAUUCUUCACUCUCAAUCGAAUGCAAUCAAAUUCACCAUCAUCAUCAUCAUCAUCAUCAUCAUCAUCAUCAUCACAAUCAAUCAAUUCACUGAAACUCAAACAUUAAUGGCCAAGUCCUAUUAUGCUGCUUCACUUCCACUACACCUAACUCAACAUCAUCACAAUCGCAACCCUUUACACUUCAAAUAUCUCACUUUUCCUCGCCCACCCAAUAUCUCCACCGCCCACCGCCUCUUUGCUUCCCCACGCCGCCGGCACAAUUUCUCUCUCAAUGCCCUUGAUUCCGACGCUCCCCGUCCACAUCAGCAGGGAUCAGUUGACAUUGGGAGAGAUGAAAGCUACCAGCAAUGGGAUUCGCUUACUGCAAAGUUCUCUGCAGCUGCCAAUGUUCCUUUUCUCUUGCUGCAAAUGCCACAGAUUUUGCUCAAUGCUCGGAAUCUCGCCGCAGGAAAUAAAACUGCUCUCUUAGCUGUCCCUUGGCUGGGAAUGCUUACUAGUUUGCUUGGAAACCUGUCACUUCUUUCAUACUUUGCCAAGAAGAAAGAGAAGGAAGCAAUGGUAGUUCAGACAUUGGGUGUAGUUUCCACUUAUGUUGUCAUUGCUCAGCUGGCUUUGGCAGAAGCCAUGCCUUUGCCUUACUUUUUAGCGACUUCAGUUAUUGUAGGGUCUGGCCUUUUUCUGAAUUUCAUGAAUUACUUUGGCUUACUUAAUGCUGGAAUCUGGAGCUUCUGGGAGGAUUUCAUUACAGUUGGGGGUUUGUCAGUGCUUCCCCAAAUAAUGUGGUCUACAUUCGUCCCCUUUAUACCUAACAGCAUCUUGCCUGGGGCUACUGCUUUUGUGUUAGCUGUCUUGGCUGUUACCAUGGCCAGAACUGGAAAACUUUCUGAGGAAGGUGUCAAAUUUGUUGGAGGUAUUUCUGGAUGGACAGCUACAUUACUCUUCAUGUGGAUGCCAGUUUCUCAAAUGUGGACAAAUAUUCUCAAUCCUGAGAACAUGAAAGGCUUGUCGGCUUUUUCUAUGUUGCUUGCUAUGCUUGGAAAUGGCCUUCUGCUUCCACGUGCCCUCCUUAUUCGUGAUUUAAUGUGGUUCAUUGGUUCAUCGUGGGCUACCCUUUUCUAUGGAUAUGGGAAUCUUGCAUGCCUAUUUGUUUUAAACAUUAUCAGCAAGGAAUUCUUCUUGGCAGCAACGGUCGGUUUGGUUGCAUGGAUAGGAAUGGCUUUCUGGAGAGAUAGUGCAGUACAUGGUCACAAUUCACCUUUGGCUUCUAUACGUGACUUGGUUUUUGGAUAUCGUGACGAUAAAGCUUGAGAUGCUUCAAAUCAUCUAUGUUCUGUAUAAUACGGUGAAUGUUAAUUCAAACCACUCUCUACCAAAAAAGAGAGAAAAAAAAAAACACCCCUCUUCUCACAUCUUUGGAUUGAGAUGAGUAUGUUGUAAUUAGCUUUUUCAAGGGACCUCACAUAUAAGCUGUCAUAUAGGACUACACUGGACCUGGAGGAUGCAAAUACAAUGUUAAAAGUGAGUCUUAUCCCUGUUAAUUGUUCAGUCACUCUUUCAAUGUUGUAGUUACCAUCUUUAGAAUAUCUUAUUUAGUAAUUCCUUUUCAUAUAA